UCUGGUGCAGACCGAAUGGAUUGCGGAAGAGAGAAAGUGGAGUUGAAGUCUAAACCUGGCAAGUUCUGGCAGACGAUGGGCCAUAUGGUGAACGGCAGGCAGCUGCUCUACCCAGAGGAGGCCCUCUACCUGCUAGAGUGUGGCUCUAUAGAGCUGAGGGUGCGAGGGCUUCCGCUGUCCAUACAGGAAGGCCAUGAGCUGGCCCUCGCUACCGAAGGCCUCUCGCUCCACCAGUAUCAGGUGUACGCCCAUCUCAAGAGGCUGGGCUAUGUGGUCACGCGCUUCAGACCCGAGAACGUCCCAGCGAGGAACGAGCAGCAGCCGAGUGAGCCGGUCUCCCGGGGAGAGAAACGGCACAAGCGGAAGUGCAGCGGUGAACACCAGAGUGAGGCGGACAGCAAGAGAGAGCGCUGCUCCGCCGCUGACACCGACGCUGCCGCCGCUCACCGGCACUCGAGCCCGGAGGAGCCCGACGCUGGCUCUUCACCGGCACCGGCAGAGGAGGAGCAACCAGCGGCGCCGCCUUGCCGGGGUUUCGGCUUCUCCCCGGCCUUGCCGGUGUCGGGGUCGCCGAGCGCGGUGGACGGGCGCCACCACCGUCGCGUCCGCUCCUGCCGCUGGGACUUCGCGAUGGCGCGGUUCCCGAACGUGGCGCCCGACGACUGCGCGACGAGCCUGCGGGAGCUGCCCGGCCACCUGGUGCCGCCGGGGACCGCCGGGCGCCGCUCCGACGAGGGCCGCUGGGCAGGACGGAUCAAUCUGCACAGAGAGAGGAACCACGGCUGGCGCUACGAGGAGCACAACCCGCACCGCCGCUGGGAUGUGGACCGCGACCCUGAAGCGCGCCGCUGCCGAGACUGGGCCGACUUCAAGCAGCUGCUGGCGCGACGGCACGGGCGGCGAGAGGCGGCCGAGUGGGGGCAGCAGCCGCACGGGCGGCCGUCGCGCCAGGACCACGUGGAGCCCCUGACCAAUCCGGCGGUGGCGGCGCGAAGCCACGCCGAGUUGCUGCAGGAGAUAAGCGUUGUGGCGCCCAUGCACAUCCUGGAGGGCGCGUCGCGGCUGCUGCAGGAGGAGGAGGAGGGGAGCGAGGUGAAGGAUAGACGCGGCACGAGUUUCACCAUCAGCUACGACGUCUUCUCGGCUGACAACACAGACUUCAAGAAGACGAGGCCGGGCGUCCCCCUCGCCCGCAUCUGUGUCUGCUGCUUUGAGGACCCGGUCCCCGAUCUCCGGGCGCUGAAGCUCCUGGCGCGACGCGGCGGCGGCGACACCGGCACCACCAGCGGCACCACCAGCGACACCACCAGCGGCGUCGGCAGUGACGACACGGUUCUCGUGUUCGGCGUGGUGGAUGCCGGAGACGUCUCCUUCUUCUCGUUCUACGACUUCAAGCUGCCCACCGACGUCCUCGGCUGACCACGGCUGCCCACGGCUGCCCACGGCUGCCCACGGCUGACUACGGCUGACUACGGCUGACCACGGCUGACCACGGCGUCGCGAUGAAAUGCGAAGGCCACGCAAAUUUUUUGUUGGGCCCGAGCCUGCUGCCCCGGGGCUGUCGGCAGCGUAGCGUUUAGCGGGAGGUUCCAAUUUCUUGACGCGCGCAAUUGACGGCGAACUUGUGCGAAAACCGUUUGAAACGAGCGGCGUUAUCGGGUAAUUCGCCGUGUAUGAAGCGGCACUAACUAAAGAUUUGACGACACCUCAGGUGGCACCGAUUUCUGAUCUGGCUCGAGGGCUGAUGGUAAAAAAAUUAACCCGUAAAAACAAAGUUUUUCACUGUAAAUCCUUUAUAUGCGUGGUGGCUAGAGUCCUCUCGUCCUCUGGCUUGAGAUGGCUGCCACCUAUCGGUCAGAUGAUUAUCUGGCACCAUUAAGCAAUUGGUAAUUAAAUAUAAUUUAUUUUUCCUAAAAAGUGUAAAAUUUUGAAAAAAAAUUUCAGGAAAAGAAAUUGUCACGCACAACGAGUCUGUGUGCAAAAUGUCAGCUCGAUUGGAUCACGGGAAGUGGGUUAAAAAAACGAUCGAAAGAUUUGCACGGUCGUAAGUAAGCAAGCAAGCUAGCAAGUGAACUUAAUAUAAAGGAUUUAAAAAAAGGUGCGUUAGCGGCCAUUAGGAUUAGUUGUCCCAUAAUGCCUUGCAUGUCACGUGACAUCACGGUAAUUUUACGGUUGCCGGUCCGCUGUUGGAAGAAGUUCUGCACACGGUGCAAGCUACCGGGGGGUUGCUUUAGCGCGGGGUUGGCGAUUGAUCGCGAUUGUUCUUCUUGGUUCUUUCGGUAAAGUCACGUAGAAGGGAAAUAAUAAAAUAAUAAAAAUAAAAUAUAAUAAAGUUAUUCUCACGACGUUUCGGCCACAACGCAAGCAGCCGUCCUCAGGUGAAGAACAGGUCUGUCGGGGAGACAGACUCUGACGCUGUCUCCCCGACAGACCUGGUCUUCAUUAUUUUGUUUAAUUUUUAUUAUUUUAUUAUUUCCCUUCUACGUGACUUGACCGAAAGAACCAAGAAGAUGAAUCCCUGCAGUCACGAAAGCUUUAAAUCGAAAUUUGAUCACGAUUGCUCGCGAUCGGCUCAGGUUUCGUUCACUACCGAUGCUCGCCGUAGCCACGAUACAAACCCAGGCCGGCAGGUUCGUUGUGCCGUGCGACGACCACUGCGCCACCGCUCCCUUCGACUUCCCCCACACUACUGCGCGUGUAAUGUUGUACAGCUUGACGACCUCGCUUAGCGCUCAAGACGCGUUCCUGGAGAAGCGAGCGCUAAUGGAAUCGGCGCUAAAAGGGGGGGGUCAUUGUACGAUUGUUACAUAUGGGGAUGAGUUUCCCUGACAGUGUUGUUUCUGACGCAUGAGCAAUACAAUAUUGGCGGUGACCCCGUAAAACGCUGAUGCGUUACGUCUCUCCGAGUCGCGGAGAAAAAAAAUUAGCUAACAUUUUUUUCAAAUCAAACCCUCUCUAAAGCGCGGUGGCCAGGUCAACGUACCCCGCGCCCCUCAGCCAAUGACAGCGACGUAUGCUCUGAGCCAAUCAGACGCCACCCCUUGCGUCGCUCAGCCAAUGAGAACGCACGCUGGGCAAAUCGGACCCCACCCCCCGCGUCUCAGCCAAUGACAGUGACGUACGCUCAGCCAAUCGGCGCCGAACUCUCCCGUGAUCCCAUUAUCACAAUUUGUAGCAACAAAUUUAACGAAAAAAAUGUUUUAAAUGGUGACCACGAAUCAAAGAUAGUGAAAUCACGGCGUGCUUCGGUGUUAAUUGGUACGCGUGCUCAGAUUUUUGGAUUUGCUUUUUUGUAAAAAAAAAUUCUGUCACAGGGGCGAGGUCAGCCUGUGCGUGGAUUUGUUUUGGACCAGCACCAAAUAGUGACGACAGUUCUUGAAAAUUUCGAUUUAAAGCUUUCGUGACUGCAGGGAUUCAUCUUCUUGGUUCUUUCGGUAAAGUAUUAUUUUAUUACUUCCCUUCUACGUGACUUUACCGAAAGAACCAAGAAGAUGGGUUCUUGAAAAGUUUUUCUUUGAUCAACCGGGUGCAGCAGCCGGCGGGAGACCCAUCGUAGCAGUUGGUGUGAAUUUUGCAAAGCGGAAUUCCCAGUAGCUGCUCCUUCCCGCCCCGACUUUUCUUAACUCGACAAAACAAAUAAAAACUCGCCAUUGAAGUAAAUGAAAAACAUGUUUUUUAUGGCGACACUCCGGUUCACAAAUUGUACAGGAACGCGGCGCGGCAUUCGUACACCCACGUUUUAUACCCCCCCCACCCCACCCCGCGGGGAUUGUGUUAAACUGCUGUCAGCUAACAGCCAAUAAAUACCGGGUUUCUGCCCUUCAACUUUGCAA